CAUUUAUGUAAAUGAUGAAGGCCAGCAUCACAGAGUCACAUCUUAUUUGAAGAAAGUGCAAAGGUGGCAAUACGUAUGGCCACAACUGUAUGAGCUGAGGCGAACAAAGAAAACAUGACAGCCAGAACAGUGGGCAGCUUGUGUUUCCGAAAUAUAAAUGCAUUGGCUCCUAUGGUGCGUGUUGGCACCUUACCAAUGAGACUGCUGGCACUGGAUUAUGGGGCUGAUAUUGUGUAUUCUGAGGAGCUGAUUGACAUCAAAAUGGCACAGUGUCAGAGAGUUGUCAAUGAGGUCUUGGAAACGGUGGAUUUCGUGGCUCCUGAUGAGAGAGUUAUGUUUAGGACCUGCAAAAAGGAGAAAGAGCAUGUUGUCUUACAGAUGGGAACUGCGGACCCGGACAGAGCACUUAUUGUAGCCCGGCUUGUGGAGAAUGAUGUGGCGGCCAUUGACAUAAACAUGGGUUGUCCUAAAGAAUACUCUACUAAGGGUGGAAUGGGAGCUGCUCUCCUCUCGAACCCGGACCAAAUUGAAGCAAUUCUUAGAACCCUUGUAAAUGGAGUGUCAAAACCAGUGACGUGUAAAAUCAGAAUCUUGCCCACGCUGGAAGAGACUGUUAGUCUGGUCAAGAGGAUUGAGGGGACAGGAGUUUCUGCUAUUGGCGUGCAUGGCAGGUUAAAAGAUGAAAGACCAAGACACCCUGUUCACUGUGAUGUCAUCAAGGCUGUGUCCCAGUCUGUGUCCAUUCCUGUCAUUGCCAAUGGUGGUUCUCUGGACCUGAUCAAAGCCCACGCUGACUUUGAGGAGUUCCGGAAGGCCACCGGAGCGUCCUCUGUGAUGGUUGCCAGGGCAGCUAUGUGGAACCCAUCAGUGUUCCGGAGUCAGGGACUGCUGGCCGUGGAGGAGGUCAUGAAGGAGUACCUCAAAUAUGCCGUCCGCUAUGACAACCAUGCCUUCAACACGAAGUACUGCCUGUGUCAAAUUCUGAGAGAGAAGGUCGAGUCUCCGCUGGGGAAGCAGCUGCUGUCGGCCCAAACCAAUGAAGAGAUCUGUGAGGCCUAUGGGCUGCAGGAAUACUACAAGAAGACCCAGGCAGAACUACAGACCAGAAGGGAUGCCAUCCAAACUAACCGUGGUGACCCCAACCACCCGGUUCUUGACGGUGAUGUCACUACAAUGCGUGUCAAAUUUGAGCGGAGGGAGUACCCCGGUGAGUUUAGCCCUAAGAUGUUCCUGCUAGAGUGGAGCCGCAAGGAGAACCUGGAGCAACCAGCAUAUGAGACUAUACAGCGCUCUCAAGACCGGGCGUUCCAGUCUAUAGUAACAAUGGCAGGAAAAAAGUACAGGUCCACUCUGUGGGAAAAGUCAAAGAAGUUUGCCGAGCAGGCUGCUGCUAUAGUCUGCCUGCGUGUCCUGGGCCUGCCUGAGGGGAGGGUUGGUGAAGGGCACUCUGGGUUGGUAGGCAAGAGGAAGAGGGAGGAGAAGAGGAAGGAUUCCCCAAACGAGGAGGACGCCACUGUAGGAUGUGAAGCCAGGAAAAGACCGUUGUCUGAAAACCCAGCGGAGCCACGCGCGAGCAGUGGAGCGUCAACUCUUCCAAACGGUGUGACGCACAAGGCCAGCGCGGUGUAAAUACGCCACUGUGUGUCCGCUGUGAAAAGACGAACGCUUUACCACCACUAUACAGUAGCAUGCACCUUUUUAUUUACUGAUGACAGGGGUCAGUUCUUAUCAAUAGGGGGGGUCAUUCGUACAGAAGCUCAGGGCCACUGUGGAGCUGGAAACAUUGCAACCAGAGCGUCUUACAGUGAGCCAGUAUCUUUAUUGUUUGAGUGUUUCAUGGCUGGAAUUAUUUUGCAGACGUACAUCACCAUGAUUGCAGACUGUUAUGCUACUUAUUUUUUAAGUUAUUAUUUUUAAGUGUAUUUUUGAACUGAGUUGGUACUGUCAUUGAACUGAAAACGUAUUACCAGAGGAGGGCAGUACAGGAUUUGUUGAAAUACAGUACAUUAUCUAAGACCGUAUUUAAUAUAUUGUGGUCUGAAGCUGGGCCUUAAAAAUCCAGGAACACUUGCUUUUGAUCUUUUUUCCCCCUUGUUGAACUCGUUUAUCGUAGUUCAACCGUGAAUAUUUAUUUUUCAAUACAUGCGGGGUGUGUUAAUGGAUCAAAGGAUGGUUUCUUUGUUAAUUUUAAUAAAAAGUUUAAUUUUAACGA